AGGAAUACAGAAUUACCUUCCUUCAGAAUUACAGAACUCGGAUGCAUUGAAUUGAGCACUAAUGGAUAUCCACUCUUUAGUUCAUGGUCAAACAGAUUUCUCACUUGAAUUUUCAAGGGAAGCAUUACAGGUAAGUGCAGCUAAAAACUCUGUUUUUUCUCCAUUGAGCAUAUCUGUGGCAUUGAGUUUGGGUGCAGGAGGAGCAAAGGGUGCAACGUUGGAUCAGUUUUGCAUUUGUCUCAAGUCCAAAGAUGUAUAUCAAUUGCAUGAACUUUCUUCUCAUCUUAUCAAUGUAGUUUUACUAGAUGGAAGUGUCAAUAAAGGUCCCGUGUUGUCAUUUGUAAAUGGAGUAUGGGUGGAUCAGUCUAUGACCUUGAAGCCCAAUUACAACGAUGUUGUGAAGAAUCGAUAUAAUGCUGAAAUUAGCUCACUGGAUUUUAUCAAUAAGGCAAAUGAAGCUAGAAUGGAGGUGAAUAAAUGGGCAGCAAAUGAGACCAAGGGGAAGAUAGAAGAGUUCCUUCCACCUAAUUCUGUAGGUGCAGAUACUAGGCUAAUUUUGGCAAAUGCCUUAUAUUUGAAGGGCGCAUGGCAGAAAAAUUUUGAUCUCUCUGCAACAAAAGAAGGUACUUUUAAUUUGUUGAAUGGGGAAAGUGUGAAAGUACCCAUGAUGACUACUACAAAGAGUCGAUCUAUACAAGUUGUCGAUGACUGCAAAAUCCUACGCCUUCCCUAUUUUCAGGGACAGGACAACCGAUCCUUCUCCAUGUAUAUUAUAUUGCCCAAUGAUAUCAAUGGUCUGCCUGAACUGGAGAGAAAGCUUGAUCUUAAUUUUCUUGAGCACCAUCUUUCCCCAAGAAGUGAGGUGAAGGUACGUUCGUUUCAACUACCUCGCUUCAAGGUAUCUUCCAAUGUCAAUGCAACUGAGAUCUUGAAAAAUAUGGGACUUGUCCUCCCGUUCAGUGAUGAUGCAAAUUUCAACGACAUGGUUGACUGUGUAAGUGGGCGUCUCUGCAUUUCAGAUGUUUUCCACAAUUCAUUUGUGGAGGUUAAUGAGGAGGGCACUGAAGCAGCAGCUGUCACUGCACUCGUGAUGGAAAAGCAAUGCGCAAUCAUAUACCAAAUUGAGGAGGACUUCAUAGCUGACCAUCCAUUCAUGUUUGUGAUCAAGGAAGAUAAAAGUGGAGUUAUCCUCUUUGUUGGACAUGUACUCAAUCCAUUGGAAAGCUAA